AUGAACGGAGACAAAGCUAACAAUUACGAGGCCUCCUGGGCCGAUCAGUGGGAUUACAACAGCAACUCCUCCUACCCCGUCGUGGUCAAAGGCGGCGGAACCACCGCCAAGUACAAGCAAAAGGUCGGCGAAGGCCUCGUCAAAACAAAGGCGGUGGCUUCCACCGGCGCUAAAAAGGUCAAGGAAGGGGCCUCCGCUGGGUUUCAAUGGAUCAAACAAAAGUGCCAGAAGAAAUAG